AUGUCUAAGGGAGAGAAUGCCAUCGUCAUUGUGUCCGGCGCAAACCUGCUCCUGGGCCCUGAGGAUCUGCGUGCCGCGCUGCCCGCUGUGAGGGGGGCCAGUGUGCUAGUGUGCCAGCUGGAAAUCAGUCCCGCCACCUCCCUGCAGGCACUGAGGAUGGCGCACGGCAGUGGAGCAAAGACCAUUUUCAACCCUGCCCCAGCCGUUCGGGACCUUGACCCGGACUUCUACAGCAACUCGGACCUGAUCUGCUGCAACGAGCCGGAGGCACAGCUGCUGACAGGCUUGGCAGUGGGCAGCCCCGAGGAUGCUGGGAAGGCAGGGGCGGAGCUGGUGAAGCGGGGGUGUGGCACAGCCAUUGUGACGCUGGGGCCCCAGGGCUGCGUCAUUGUGUCUGCUCAGGACCCCUCUCCUCGACAUGUGCCCUCAGUCAGCGUGCCCACGGUGGACACCACGGGAGCUGGAGACAGCUUCAUUGGAGCCUUGGCCUUUUACAUGGCUCGCUACCCCACAAUGCCUGUGGAGGAAAUGGCCAGGAGAGCCAAUCAGGUUGCAGCAGUGAGCGUGCAGGCAGCAGGGACACAGACAUCCUACCCGUCCAGAUGUGACUUGCCUGCGGAGCUCUUCCAAGCUGGGAAGUGAAAACCUCCAAGAAAAUUGGCCCAUUUAGUUUGAUUAGUACUGUAGAUAAUCUGAUCUCAGACACUUGUUUACAGAAAGAAACCAAGGUAUCAGUUUUAAUGACAUAUCAGGGUAGCUUUUUCCACACUCUCACAACUUUUUGUUCAAAAAAGCACCUCCCAUACUCAGCACCUCACUCCAUUCCUACUCCAACACUUCUGUGACAAGUGAAAUAUGCAUUUUCUUUAAAUGCAGCUGACAUAAAAAUAUCCUGAAAAUACAACCAUUGCACCUCCAAAGUCUUCUUUUAGAGUUGUACUGUAUAUGGGUGAGGACUCAGAGGUUAGGAAGGAAACAAGUUAAGAUUUCUUUAAAUAAUGUAAUGAAAUAAUCAUUCGGGGCCUUUAUAAUAGAAUACUGUCCAGCUCUUCGAAAUUGUAUAAGGAACUAUGAUUACUUAUUGAUACAUCCUUCACUGUGAAAACCUUCCUUGCUUUUCACAAAUAACGAAGAAUGAUGAACUAUCUUGAGUCAAGAUUAAAUAGUUCUAACUUUC